CUUACUCGCUAAUGCCUAACUCGAAUUCAACGCAGAAUGGAGAGAUGGCAAAAGCGUUGACGCUUUAUGCUGUUGGAUUUACCUCCAUUCUCAUGGUCUAUUCCAUCUAUACCCACAUCAAAACUCUCCAAUCCAAUAUACCCGAGCGAGGUAGACGUCGACGGGACAAAUGGGACUCGAACAAGAAGCGGCGACUAGAGGAUGCCAUAGACUUACGAUCGCUGUCGCUUUUGACAAAGUCUGACAAUAUCAACCUCCAAAACAGUGCAGCAAAGAUUGUACUCGAACGCUCGAUGCAAGAGGAUUUCCUAGCAUCCGUCAUACAGGCGUGCAGGACCACAGAGACAGCUGAAUCCGUCAUAAUGGGAAUAUCAGCACUGCAGCUGCUUUCAAGAACAGAGGCCAACAAAAAGAAAUUGGUGGACGCUGGAGCACUGGAUGUUUUGGUUGAUGUUUUGAAGAGGGACGAGGAAGAUAUACCAGAGUCGACACAUAGGUCUUCAGCUGUCGCUCUUUGUGACUUAAUUCAAUCUCAUGACGACAGGAAAAUUCACAUUUUGGAAAUCGGAGUAUUGGACCCAUUGAAGCGAAUCCUCACUUCCGACACGAUACGCAAUAACGAGCUGAAAUAUUGGAGCUUGAUGGUGCUACAUCAAGUAUCACUUUCAGAACCUUUUCACCGUCCAUUGAUCACCAAUGGAUUUGUGGCUAUACUGGCAAAGAUGGCGCGUAUGACAUUUGGUAACACGAAUAUGCCAAAGUUCUGCAUGCAAAGUUUAGUUCGUGUCAUCGCCAGUGUAGACCAAGUUGAGGCUAGAGCAAUUUUGACGGAACUACUGGACUAUAACAUAGUCAGCCUAAUUUCUGUCUGUUUACGAAGUGACGAUGUUGAGCUCAUCUACUGGGCAGCCGGUUUAAUGCACGAGUUUGUGUUGAAAGAUGUUGCAGCUGCCGAAUUCCGACAGAUCAAAGGUGUUCAAACGAUCCUUCUUUCGCUUCUUACUGCGGAUGAAAUGUAUAUAUCUAGAGUGGUCCUGAGAACCAUCAAAUUCAUGGCACAUGGACAAGAGCAAUUUCGUCUAGAGAUGGUUCGAACCGGGUUAAUUACUAAGAUCAUGCACUGCUUGACUUCCGAUGAUGACGAUGUACGAUAUUGGGCCAUACUUUGUAUACAUGAUUGCGCUGGUCAAGUCGAAGCACAACCAGAUAUCUUAAGCGCAACUGAAUUUCCAAUCAUGCUUGAACUUGGUUCAUCCAACAAGUCGCAAGCAAGUGCGUAUGUGGCUGAUAUAUUAUCAUUGAUAUGCUGUUUGAACAGCAACAAUAAUAAUUUAGCCCCUCACUCGGAAGCGAUUGUGGCAACACUUAAUAACUUGUUGAUGUGGGAAGAGCCAGAAAUUCAAUAUAAUGCUGCUGGCGCUUUGUUUAAUAUGAUGGCUAUGAGUGACGACUAUACCGCUCUCAUUUGCAGCAAAUGUUUAAAUUCGUUUAUCACUGUCAUACUGGAAACUAAUCGCGAGCGCGUGCAACUGACUUGCGCUAAAGCUCUGUUAAUGCUUGGAAUUCGAGAUAAUUCCUUAAUCACUCGUAUUAUAUUACAAGUGAUUGAGCCUCUUAUGGCUCGAUUUGUUGAGCUUUGCUACCAAGCGACUCCAGUCUUUAUUGCUGGAUUGACAUUGGAACGAAAAGUGAAUGUUGUGAAAUACACUGCACCUACUCUGGAAGAUGCCGAGGUCGAUAAUGUCAAGGAAGAGCUACCAGAUUACAUUUCUAUAACCCCUGGUGGAUAUAUCAGCAACGCAGCAAGACUGGAACAACGUCUUCAGGCUGUUGUACGCCCACGGGAUACACAAAGCGAGAAUCUUAGUGCUAUCUCUGCCGCUAUAAGUCAAGUACCCGCUAUUAUACCAAACAGCUCUCCUCGUGAAGUGUUUCGAGCUGCAUACGAUCGAUAUAUAACAAAUAAUAGUGGCGAAGGCAGCUCUUCUAGUCAGACAACAUCUUCCACAACAAAAUCCAGCAAUCUCCCACAAGCAGAAAUUACCUCCGCUUACAAAGAAAAGAUGCUUGGCACUUUGAACUCAUUGAGGGUUCUUACAGAGAAUGAAACCAUGUUUUCUCAAGUGCUGAGUGGAAGCAUCUUUGAGGGAAUGAUUGCCGGUAUGCAGGCUGUGGAGCGAAUGAUGGAUAUCAUUGCUGAACAAUACAGUGAAAGUGGGGAAGACGAUGAAAGCGCAUCAGGAAAACGCCAGAACCGUAAAAAGUCUUCUCAAGUGACUGGUGACGCUUUCCGGGACUUUGAUACAGGCACACCAAAGGGGUCUCGAAGAGACUCGGAUGGAUUCAAAAAUACCGCCGUUCAUACUACGUUGCUACCAGAUACUGUGCAAAGUUUUGUGGAUUCACUUGUCCAUCUCACUGUGCUGCCGGCUAUCAAUAUCUGGGCUGUCCGAUACAACAUGUGCAUCACUUCAGCGCAGAUGGAUUAUGAUACUGCGAGGGAAAAGAUAGCCAAUUUAUUAGACAUUGUCAACAGGCUGACGUUCGUAUGUCAAGAUAGUAAUCCCACCAAUACAUCUGUAGCUGCGAUACCUCCACCAAUCAUUAGUGACACUGAUAAGGCUGAAGAUCUUGGCGACCAUCCAGUAGAAAUUGGAAAGGAUGACGAUUCAGAUCAAUUACGGCGACUAACGUCUGCUUUCACCCCCACCAAAAAUUGUGGUAAAGAUACAGAGGCUCAGUCACCUUCUGGGAACUUCACGACCUCAGCCGGUAUCCCGAAACUUAGAAAGUCCACUAUACCAUUUGCAACAAGAGCAUUGCUUAGCAUCCGAUCCUUGGUCAGAUAUACCCCAGUCAGAAAUUACCUCGAACAGGAAGUUGGGUUCAUUAGCAUUAUGAUCAACUUGUAUCAUGAAUGCAGGUCCAUGUCAGAAAGCGUCAUGCUGUGCCUGGGUAUUAUGGUGCUAUCAGUAGAUCCAACUAGCAAAUUGCUGCUUUCCAACGUACAAUUGUUAACGCCAGUGAUAUGGAGAAACAUUCUAUCGACUUUAUCGCAAACAUACACCACCGACUUUUAUUCGCGUUCCAUGCUAGUCUAUUGUCGCGAGCUUUCAUCAUACUAUCGUCAGCAAACCUGGAAUCCGAAUGAGGACAGCUUUGCGAUUGAUAAUCAUGAAAGCAAAACAUACGUCCAUUUGGAACGCGAAGAACAUUCAAAGCUUUGCGUAGUGGAUAUUGAAAACUGGUUGGAGGUCCGCAAUGACUCAUGGACGUUUGAAACACUUCGAGCCACACAUGGUACGCCCAUUGUUACUGAUGCAUGCGUCGAGAAGUGUUUUGCCUAUGAACUUGAACCUUGUACGGAUGGGCUUAUUCAAGUCGGGUGGGCUAGCAAGGAGGCCCGAUUUGACCCAGAAGGUGGUAUGGGAGUUGGUGACGACGAUUAUUCAUAUGCAUUUGAUGGGUGCCGUGCUCAAAAGUGGCACGGCCGUUGGAGCGACGAGAGAAGUACUUAUGGACAAGAAUGGAACGCUGGAGAUGUCAUCACUUGUCUCGUAGACCUUGAAGCUGGAAAAAUGUCCUAUUAUCGAAAUGGCGUGGAUAUGGGAGUUGCUUUCGAACGUGUGGCAUGCGAUAAAACAUGGUAUCCGGCUAUCUCAGUAUCCACCAGUCAAGGUUGUAAAGUGUACUUUGGAGGAGAGUACGAUCCACUACGCUAUGCGCCGCCUGGUUACAAAGGGAUAGCAUCUCUGUCGUCAUCUGCUGUCUCUCUGGUCUUACCUCCACCACACAUCAAAUUACCGCCUAUCCCUAACCCAGAAGGUAGAAUAUCUCGCAGGGGAUCUGCAAGCAGUGGCUUGAGUGGUAUAUCGUCUGUUGAGGCUGUAGAAGAUGAGGCUAUAUCAAUCGAGGAUCCUGAAGCCAGUGUGGAAAACACUACAGGAGAACAAGACACGCUACAAGCUGACUUUGAUGGAAACGUCGAACCCAACCUGGUGCCGGUUGACAAAGUCCCCCCUUGGGAUGCCACACCGGUGAUAACCACUAGUCAAGAACCGCGAUUUAAUACGAACGACGAGCAUGAUCUGGAAAUAUGUUCUUACGACUGGAGCUGUUUGUUACCUUCACUUUAUUUUGAAGUAGAACUGCAUUUUCGACGCGUAUCCGAAUUUGAAAUAAGCGACGACAAGCGGUGGUAUGUGAAGCUACUUCUAUAAAACUGACAUGCUUAGGGCUUACCUGUAACAAUUCACAAUCGACUUAAAACGUUUCAUUAUUACAUGAUAGGAUUGCUCGCAUAGGAAUGACAGACCUUUCAAUG